UUCCCAAAGGAAAAAAAAAGAAGCAAAUACCCAUGGCUUCAUCCGUUUCUUCCCAACAGGACAAGGUUCUAGUAGAAGCAAACUCUUCUGCAAGGAUAAUAACCUUAAACAGGCCUAAGCAGCUCAAUGCCCAGUCAUUUCAGAUGAUUUAUCGGUUAUUGGAACUUUUUCUUGUCUAUGAGGAGGAUCCGAUUGUCAAGCUGGUAAUAUUGAAGGGAAAAGGAAGAGCAUUUUCUGUUGGUGGAGAUGUUGCAGCACUUGUACGUGAUAUGAGGGCAGAUGAUUGGAGAGUAGGUGCCAACUUUUUUUCACAAGUGUUCAAGUUAAUAUAUUUGAUAGCAACCUACAGCAAACCACAGGUUUCAAUCCUUAAUGGAAUCGUAAUGGGAGGUGGAGCUGGUAUUUCAGUGCAUGGUAGAUUCCGUGUUGCAACUGAAAACACGACUUUUGCAAUGCCUGAAGUAGAUUUGGGACUCUUCCCAGAUGUAGCAGCCUCUUAUUUCUUGUCAAGACUCCCAGGAUUUUUUGGAGAAUACGUCGGUCUUACUGGUUCGAGGUUGGACGGUGCUGAAAUGCUUGCAUGUGGCCUUGCAACUCACUUUGUCCCUUCAGCAAAAUUACCAAUGUUGGAAGCUGCAUUGUGUAAUGCAGAUUCAAGUGAUCCAGUAAUCAUUUCAUCAAUUAUUGAUCAAUACUCUGAGAAACCUUCACUCAAAGAGCAGAGCGUGUACAACCGCAGAUUAGAUGUAAUCGAUGGAUGCUUCUCUCAAAGAACAGUAGAAGAAAUUAUAUCUGCCCUCGAGAGGGAGGACGUUCACCAUAUGGAUAGUUGGAUCUCUGCUACAAUUCAGAAACUGAAAAAGUCUUCACCAACAAGUCUUAAAAUUUUUCUUAGAUCAAUUAGAGAAGGAAGGCUCCAAGGUGUGGGUCAAUGCCUCGUUCGCGAGUACAGAAUGGUUUCUCAUGUCUUGAAGGGAGAACUCAGCAAAGACUUCUUUGAGGGUUGCAGAGCUAUACUACUGGAUAAAGACAAGAACCCAAAUUGGGAGCCAUCAAAAUUGGAGAUGAUUGAUGAAGGUAGAGUUGAGUGCUACUUCUCUAAAGUGAAGCAUGAAGAGUGGGAAGAUCUAAAGCUUCCCAUUAGAGUCAAGUUCGAGCUGCCGCCUUAUGUCAUUGCAAAGCUUUAAGCAUAGAAGGUAGAGAUUUGUAGCUACACUACUCCUUGCAUCAGUAAUAAUAAAACUGAAAUUUGUUUGAUUUGAAUAAACAAAAAAGAAAUAAAACCCGGGUUUCUGACA